GGACGGAAGUGACGACACGUUGCUAGGAGACAGUCUCCUUGCGCUGGGGCUAAAACUGGCCGUGGUUUCCAUCCUGCCACAGGCCCGGAGCCGCGGGUCUCCCGGCGCCCCGCGAUUAUGACCGAGCUCACUUCGACUCUCAUUCUCGGUGGGGGCGACAAAGACAAGAGCCACGUGGCGUCGGAGAACACCUACAUCCUACGGCCCAUCUUCCAACAGAGGUUCCGACCCUCUACGGUGAAAGAAUGCAUCCACACCAUACUCAAGGAAGAAUUGGCAACAGCUCAAUAUGAGCCAUCUGAAAUGCCUGCCCUCACAAAGUAUUUGUCAGAGAGCAUCAAAAAUAAAUUAAAAGAAAUGGGAUUUGACCGAUACAAAAUGGUGGUACAAGUAGUGAUUGGAGAACAAAGAGGUGAAGGAGUAAAGUAAG